UGGAAUGAAGAGACUUGCCAUGGCGGUUGUGGACAGAAAUAAGUGUAGGCGCCUGUUCAAUCAACAAUUCCCCGAACUUGUUCUGCACCACCACAUCGUCAACGUCGGGGCCGCCGGCAGUGACGGGCUCUAAUGUUUUCAGCAAGAUGGGGAGUUAGCUUGCUUCGUUCGUGCGUUAGCUCGCUGAAGGCUUCGCCCUUGAAGGCGCCCUCGACUUCCACACUUCCCCGACUGCAUCCAUUCAACCGCACGCUCGCGACGGAAGUCAUCUCAAAUGCACCCACUGAGGUCAACCAGGCCUUCAGGAGGUCUAAAGACUUGUACAAGACAUACAAACCCAUCACACCGUCUAUUCGUCACUUGAAGCGACCUCUCUCGCCUCACUUGUACCAAGGCCGGCCUCUCCGCCAACUCACCGUCGCGCUCCGCAAGAAAGGCGGGCGAAACGGCCAUGGUCGCAUUACCAUCCGUUUUCGCGGUGGAGGACACAAGCGUCGUAUCCGUUUAGUUGACUUCAUGCGUACGGAACCCGGCCCUCACGACGUAGUCCGUAUCGAAUACGAUCCGGGUCGCUCGGCACACAUUGCACUCAUCAAAAGUCGCAACUCCAGGUCGAAGCAGCCCUGGAGCUACAUCCUCUCACCUGAAGGCCUACGUGCCGGCGAUGUCGUCGAGAGCUUCCGCCAAGGCAUUCCGGACGGCUACAUUCCAGGCUUCACAGAUUCGAAGUCGCUUCGCGGAAAGGAUCUUGAGGCCGGCUCCGCCUCCGAAGGAGCGGGCUCGUCGAGUGUCUCGCUCGCGCUCGGUGUCUUGCGCACUAUGACUCUCAAAAAUGGGAACGCCCUCCCUCUCCGUCUCCUCCCCACUGGCACGAUCAUCCAUAAUAUCGCGCUUGACCCUGAGGGCCGUGCGAUCCUCGUUCGUUCCGCGGGUACCUUCGCUCAAGUCGUUACGCACGAAGACGGUGGCAAAUACACCCAUGUCCGCCUUCAGAGCGGUGAAAUUCGCAAAGUGCUGCAGGAUUGUGUUGCCACUAUCGGACGUGUGAGCAAUCCUCUCUGGAUGAACCGUAACCUCGCCAAGGCCGGUCGUAGUCGUUGGCUCGGCCGCCGUCCGCGUGUUCGCGGUAUGGCCAUGAACAGGUGAGUACGAGUACUCAAUAUU